CGCAUGGACCGAGUCCAUGUGCACCAAACCCCUUCUUUCCCUUCCCCGCACCACAGAUCGCUCACGUCACGGCCAGAAGGACAAAGCUGCGCAAAACCCUCCCACCUCUCCACCGCCAGAAGCAAGAUGCUCCGACGCCUCUCCGGCGCCGUCGCGGCGCCCCUCCGACGCUGCCUCUGCACGGCGUCCUCGCGCCCUCCCUGGGCCCUGACCUACAGGAUGGCGGCGCUGGGCGCGUCGUCGCCGGCCGCGCGCGCGUCCUUGGACCUCCACGAGCCCCCCUGCGUCACCCAGCUCUCCGUCCCCGCCCACCUGGCCGACGGCAUGGACCUGGCCGCCGCAAGCAUCCAGGCCGCGAGCAGCGACGGGCUCCUCCUCCUCGACUUCGCCGACACCGGCAACUGGCCCGAGGCCAUCCGCGGCUGCGGUGGCAGCAUCACAGCGAUGCCCGGACUGGCCGCGUGCGCCGCCGCCGUCGAUCCGGGCGUCCGGCGCUUCGUCUGCAACCCUCUUAGCGGCCAGCUGUUCCGCCUCCCCGUCCCCAGCAUGGACGCCGCGCUGACGACCACACCCUUCGGCCUGCUCACCCAAUCCGACGGCUCCGACGGCCCGCCUGACAGGUUAGUGGUCGCCCAACUCUGCCUCCGGGCAAGGGACGGCCAGAUGGUCGUGCGCCGCUUUCGGUCCGAGACAGGGGAGUGGGACGAGCCGCCGCUGUUCGUCCCGUCCGAGGCCCCGGCUUGGCGCCCAAUGCCGAACCACGAGGUGGUGGCAUUCGGCGACCGGCUGUGGUGGGUCGACCCUUUCUUUGGUGUCUUCUCCGUCGAUCCAUUCAGCGACCGGCCGGAGCAUGGCUUCGUCGCGCUGCCGCGCCCGCUGCCCAACUUUGACAUCGACGCGCCGCUCAUGCUGUUCCGGCUCUUGGGUGUCAGCGAGGGGAAGCUGCGCUAUGUCGAAUUGACCACUAAGGAGCCGUUUAUGCUCUACUCCUUCUCGCUCGACGACGAGGAGUCCUCCUGGAAGCUAACACAUGAGAAAAGACUGAACCUGGUCUUGUCUGACAAAUCCAUACCUAGGGAAUGUGAAAUGCCGUGGAUUUCUGCAAUUGAUCCAUUCAAUGCCAACAUUUUCUAUUUCACACACGGUGACCUUGUUUGUGAACUCGACAUUGAUAAGGGGGAGACUGGGAGUAGUUCUUUUCCAGACAGCAUCACAUUCCGGAGCUACAGCUCUGCUUUCUUUGUGCCUGUAAUGCUCCCAGCAUGGAUUGAAUCAUACAACCUCCCGUGUACAGGAACACUUUCGAGAAAGGCGACCAAUGGAACGAGGAAGACUUUGGCAGACAUGCUGGUUCGUGUUGACUGUUGACAAAGACCAAAAAAAUCGAAGCACGCCAGAUUCCUUACAAUGGACCGACAACUGAGCUGAUGGUGGCACUGGAAGCCAUGAACUCUCAUUUUGGGGAAAUGCUGGGACAAUCUUGGCGUGUUCCGCUUGCUGAUGCGCUCCCUGAAGCAUGGUCUUGGCGCAUUCCAUCGGCAAUUUAGAUGGAGCAGUCUAACAAAUGCACUGUUACUUGCAAGACACGAUGCUUAUCUUCUCCGUAGAACGUUAUUGCACCUAUCAAAGGAUAUGUUUGAUCCGAUUGUUUUGGUGCAAUAGGUCAUUUACGUGGUAGUGAUGAUAAGAAAUGCAUGCGCUCUCUUUAAUCUGGAA